AAAUUGAAGUUUCUGAUUUAUUAAAAGCAAAAUGCAAGAUUACAGUUAAUAAUAACCCAGAUAAAGUUUUUGUAGCUGAUUUAUUAAAACCUAAACACAAGAUAGUAGCUCAUAAUAAUCAAGCUGAAGUUUCUGUAACUGAUCUAUUAAAACAUAAGAGAGUAGCAAAUAAAACUUCUCUAACUAAUCUGUUAAAACGUAAAAAGAUGGUAAAUGAAGCCUCUCUAUUAAAACCUAAACAUAAAAAAAAAGCAGACAAAACUUUUCCUAAUAAGUGGUGUGUGUAUAUAUGUAGUUGUAAUCUAUGCAAUGGUGUAAAAGUUGAUCCCAUACUCAAAAGACUCAUACAGAAGAUAAAAGUUUGUGAAGUUCAAGCAAUCUCAAAUGGGCCAUACAAUAAUAUCAAUAUUGCACCUUUUGAUAAUGCAAUUUAUAAUAUGUUAAAUGAAGAUGCUAGACAAAAUAUAUCAUCAGAUUUAAUUAAAGAUUUAUUAAUUUUUAAACCUAGAACUACAUAUUUUCAUACUCCAAAAUUGUUGGAAAAUAUUCAAGUACCUGAUAUAUAUAGUAAUGAAAAUGCAGAUAACAGUAAUAAUAAAUCAGGCAGUAAAGAUGAAUCUAUUUCAGAUAAUUUUUCUGAGGAUGAAAAUUGGGAGCUAGAUCAAGAUAUAGUUCAGAACAAAGAAUUAUUUAAAUCACCUGAUAUUGAUAAUAACAAAUCUUUUAUUAUAAAUGAUUUAAAUGAUUCUUUGGAUACAGAGAUCAUAUUGUGGUUAUUUAAAUUUCAACAAAGAUAUCAAGUAGCUGACGUAGCACUUGAAUCGUUAAUAAAAUUUUUACAAAAAAUUCUUACGUAUACUGAUAAAUUACAAUUUAAAGAUUUUUCUACCUCACUAUACAUAGCAAAAAAAUUCUUAGGAAUCUUUUAG